AUGUUGGACUCAGAAAAAUCUGAAGUUGUCUGUGAAGAAACAAAGAUGAAAGCCUUGCAGUCCUGUCUGGUGUGUCAGAUCUCUUACUGUGAAACUCACCUGGAUCUUCAUCAGAAAGUCCUUAGCUUAAAGAAACACAAACUGAUGGACCCUGUGGAGAAUAUGAAGGACUGUAUAUGCCAGAAACACGAGAGACCUCUGGAGCUGUUCUGUAGAGAUGAUCAGACGUAUGUGUGUGUGUUUUGCACUGAUGGAGACCACAAGACUCACAACACUGUUCCUCUAGAGGAGGAGAGUAAAGAGAAGAUGGUAGAUAUGAUGAAGACACAGAAAGUCGUGCAGCAAAUGAUCCAGGACAGAAUCAAGAAGAUUCAAGACAUCAAACACUCAGCAGAACUCAGAAAAAAAAGCAAAGAGCGAGAGAAAGCAGCCAGCGCUGAGCUCUUCAGUGAUCUGAUGCGCUCCAUUAAAAGAUGUCAGGCUGAGCUGCUGGAGAUGAUGGAGGAGAAGCAGAAAACAGCAGAGAAACAGGAUGAAGAGCUCAUUCAAGAGCUGCAGCAGGAAAUCACUGAGCUCAAGAUGAGAAACACUGAGCUGGAUCAUCUCUUACACACUGAGGAUCACCUCCAGCUCCUACAGAUUGAUCCAUCCAUGUGCAGUCCUCCACACACCAAGAACUGGCCUGAGAUCUGUAUGAACACUGAUGUGAGUGUGGAGACUCUGAGGAGAGCUCUGACUCAACUGCAGGAAAACCUAGACCCAAAUCUCACCCAAUCUGAUGAUAGGAAACAACUGAGUCACUGGCAUUAA